GAUUGAAGCAUCGUUUCCCCCAGCCGCUCACAACCAGAGACCAACCAUGAACGCGGCAUGCAUUGCUCUAACAGUCGCGCUUUUUGCUGCGAAUAGUGGCUUCUUCUGUUACUCCGGCAGCAGCGUGCCUUCAUUCAUCCUGCCGUUCACUGACUGCGUCCAGAGCCGUGGGAAAGACGGCUUCUACCAGGGAGCGAUAGACGUCACCGAGUCCGGCGGCCGGUGCAUGAACUGGACUGAAGUGGACGGCUUCAAGGAGCGCCACCCGGGCAAAGGGAUAGGAGAGCACAACCACUGCCGCAACCCGGACGGCAGGAUCCGACCCUGGUGCUUUUUCAGGAACCACAAAGGCAGAGCGGACUGGGGCUACUGCGACUGUAAACAAGGCUCUGUGCGUCUGCAAGGAGGCCGCUCCAAGCUUGAUGGCAGGGUGGAAGUCUAUCUGGGAGGAGUGUGGGGGUCUGUCUGUAGCGAUGACUGGGGGGACGAAGACGCUGCAGUGGUUUGCAGACAGCUGGGCAAGGGGAUCUCAGGUCGUGCACGUGAAGUUCCCCUGUUUCGGCCAAGCAUGACCAAGCUCCAUUGGAGGGCAGUCCAUUGCCAGGGAGAGGAGCCAGGCCUGCUCCAGUGUCCUAAGACUACUUGGAAUGGAGGGGAAUGUCCUCUGGCUGCAGCCCUCACUUGCACACAGCAGCAAGCGGUAGUGGUGCUCCCUAUACGGCUGGUGGGAGGUCGUUCAGGGUCAGAGGGCACAGUGGAGGUCUUCCAUGCAGGCCAGUGGGGUUCCAUAUGUGACGACCAAUGGGACGACAGUGAUGCAGAGGUGGUGUGUCGACAGUUGGGGCUGAGCGGUGUGGCAAGGGCAUGGGGCCAGGCACAAUUUGGCAAGGGUUCAGGCCGUGUGUGGCUGGACGAGGUGCGGUGCACAGGCAACGAGCUCACUCUGGACCAGUGUCCAAAAAGUGCCUGGGGGGAACACAACUGUCUGCACUCUGAAGAUGCAGGAGUGUCCUGUAAACCUCUUACAGAUGGUUCUGUCAGGUUGGUAGGGGGAACGAGCAGCUAUGAAGGACGUUUAGAAGUAUUUUAUCGUGGUCAGUGGGGAACGGUGUGUGAUGAUGGCUGGACAGACUCUAACACACAAGUCGUGUGUCGACAACUUGGUUACAGAUUAGGUGAGACUCUCGUUUCCGAAGGACUAGACAUCACCCCAGUCCCACGCUUUGGGGUGGGGUCAGGUCCCAUUCUUCUGGAUGAUGUGAGCUGCACAGGGAAAGAGCCUAGCCUACUGCUGUGCAACAAGAAGGAGUGGCUCCAUCAUGACUGCACACACCAUGAAGAUGUUAACAUCGCAUGCACCCCUGAUCACAUUGGAGAGAGUCUUCCAACCAGUGUGCUGGUAAGACUUGUGGGAGGAGAGAGCCCCAAGGAAGGCAGAGUGGAGCUCUAUCUGUCAGGACAAUGGGGGACUGUGUGUGAUGACGGAUGGACUGAUCGUGACGCCGAGGUGGUGUGCCGACAGUUAGGAUACAGUGGCGUGGCAAAGGCCCGUGUGAUGGCGUACUUCGGGGAAGGGACAGGGCCCAUCCACGUGGACAAUGUGAAGUGCAGCGGUGAGGAGCGUUCGUUAGCAGAUUGCAUCAAACAGGCACCCGGCACACACAACUGUCGCCACAGUGAGGACGCCGGGGUCAUAUGUGACUAUGGUGAAUUGCAACAUAGCUACAAAGAGGUCAAAGGUCAGUCAGAUCCUGUCAACUCAAUUUGUGGUUUGCGGCUCAUACACACUCGCCAGCGCCGAAUCAUAGGAGGAGAAAACUCUCUGAGGGGUGGCUGGCCAUGGCAGGCUGCGGUUCGUUUGCGAGGAUCUCGAGGAGACGGGAGGUUGGUGUGUGGAGCGACUCUCAUUGACACCUGCUGGGUCCUCACCUCGGCACACUGCUUCAAGAGGUAUGGAAACAGCACCAAGCAGUAUAAAGUUAGAGUGGGUGACUACCACACCCUCGUCCCUGAGGAAUAUGAAGAGGAAUACGGCGUCGAUCAGAUUGUCCUUCACCCGAGCUACCACUCCCACAGCAAUGAUUACGACCUGGCCUUGGUUCGUUUGUCACCGGGGGCAGUGGGCCAGAUGCUUGGAGAGUGUGUGUCAUUCAGCCGUCAUGUUCUUCCCGCCUGUCUGCCCAUGAGGAAAGAGAGAGUGCUCAAACAAGCCAGCAACUGUCACAUUACCGGUUGGGGUGACACGGGCCGCUCAUACUCGAAGACCCUGCAGCAAGCAUCCCUCUCCUUACUGCCCCGCCGUCAUUGCCAGCAGCAAUUCCACAGUGCCUUCACAAGCCGCAUGCUAUGCGCCGGAAGCAUCCAGUCAGAGAGGCGUGUAGACAGUUGCCGUGGUGACAGUGGAGGUCCGCUGGUGUGUGAGCGUCCAGGAGGGGGUUGGGUGGUUUACGGGGUGACCUCUUGGGGUCAUGCCUGCAGGACACAGCAGUCUCCUGGCGUCUACACCAAAGUCUCUGCCUUCAGCUCCUGGAUACGCAAGGUGAUUGGACGUACUGACAGAUGAGAGAAAAGGCGAUGAAAGGUUAACGACAGGUUGAAACAAUUGACCUUUCACUCAGAAAGAAUGACACUUAAGACUUACUCGAUCAUCUGGUCAGGUGACAACUGAUACGACGAUAGAUUUCAUUCAUAAUUUACUAGUGUCGUGAUGUUAUGACCUGAUUGUCCAGGGAUAUAACCUGAUAUCCAAACGAAGAGCACAAAGCAACGGGAGAAUUUUUCUAAAUAGAAUUUUUAAAAUAUUUUUUGGAGAGAGGAAGGCUUUUCUGUCUUUUCCCUCAUCUAAGUCAUAAGCACUUAUUUUAACGAUUUUCAGUAUUCUCUUGAGCUGCAAGAAUUUAAAUGGAAUUAAAUCUA